AGAUCCACGCUGCAGCUCCCCCGCAGGGCUCAGUGUCUGAAGUGAAGUCUGUGGGUCACGCACUUCUUCCUCUCCCCCUGCUGCAUCGUCGCCACGGAUGAUCAACACAACUUUUUUCUCGUGAAGGACGCAACCCAAACUUUCCACUGUCAAACUUGGAGGGUAGUGGAAGGUGGGAGAUUUGAUUCCUCGGCACCAUCACAGCACGAAUCUCUCCACCAGGAACACCGAGGCUCCUCAAAAUGUUGCUGGAGCAUCCGGGCUCGAGUUGUCAAAACACGGCCAAUUUCUCAAGAUACACUGGAGGUCAAGAGAUCCCGGUGUGCGCUGGCUGCAACCAGCACAUCGUGGACCGGUUCAUCCUCAAAGUUCUGGACCGCCACUGGCACAGCAAGUGUCUGAAGUGCAGCGACUGCCAGUCACCGUUGGCUGACAAGUGCUUCAGCAGAGGAGACAGCGUUUACUGCAAGGAGGACUUCUUCAAGAGAUUCGGGACCAAGUGCGCAGCAUGCCAGCAGGGGAUUCCACCCACCCAGGUGGUGAGGAGAGCGCAGGACUUUGUUUACCAUCUACACUGUUUUGCCUGCAUCGUAUGCAAGAGGCAACUGGCCACAGGAGACGAGUACUACCUGAUGGAGGACAGCAGACUGGUGUGCAAGGCCGACUAUGAGACUGCUAAACAGAGAGAAGCUGACUCCACUGCGAAAAGGCCCCGAACGACCAUCACGGCCAAACAACUGGAAACGCUAAAGAACGCGUACAAUAACUCCCCCAAACCUGCUCGCCACGUCCGGGAGCAGCUAUCGUCGGAGACGGGCCUGGAUAUGCGGGUCGUGCAGGUUUGGUUCCAGAACCGGCGAGCUAAGGAGAAGCGACUGAAGAAAGAUGCGGGGCGACAGAGGUGGGGACAGUACUUCCGCAACAUGAAGCGGUCGCGGGGCAGCUCCAAGUCAGACAAGGACAGCAUCCAGGAAGAAGGCAUGGACAGUGAUGCAGAGGUGUCUUUCACAGAUGAACCUCCCAUGUCCGAGCUUGGUCACUCUAACGGCAUCUACAGCAGUAUGAACGAGUCUUCUCCGGCCAUUGGGGGCCGCCAGGGGAGCAACAACCAUAGCUCUUUCCCUCUGGAGCACGGCGUCCUUCCUUCUCAGGACCAGUUCCACGACAUCCGCUCCAACAGCCCGUAUGGCCUGCCACAGUCGCCGGGGUCUCUGCAGCCUCUCCCCAGACAUCCACCACUCAUCACCAGCCUGGUCUAUCCUGACUCGGGUCUCUCCAUCAUGACCCAAGGAGGAGGCAUCAACCCUGGUGUGAGGGUCUCCAUGGGAACGGCCAACGGCCCGAGCUCUGACCUCUCUACUGGGAGCAGUGGCGGAUACCCAGACUUUCCAGCGAGUCCUGCCUCCUGGUUGGAUGAAGUGGACCACGGACAGUUUUGAUUUGCCGGCCCCCCUUUUUUUAUUCCCUUUUUGUCUCACUGUCCUGGGGUCUGGAGACAAAGAAAAGACGCAAUGGACAAAAGCACUUGGCCUCAACGUUGUAAAAUUAAUGUAAUAUAAUAACAGUCUGUCUUCAGGUACCAUGAUAAGCUUUCUCAGAACAACACCACAGACUUGAGCAGAACCCUUUCAUCCGCCCUCCUUAUUUAUUCUCAUCUUGCUCCUUUUAUUUUAUUUUUUUAUUCAGGCGGAGAGUUUAGAGUCUUUAACUAUCUGGUCGAUGCCAAAAUGUCUAUAUAUAUUUAACGUUUUAUCAUUGUGGAGACUUUAUUUUUAUACUUGGAUGUGAAGUGGAGGACAGGACAGGACUUUCUCUACCAGGGAUCUGAACCGAAAUGUCGAUGUUUGUCUUAAAUGGUACUCAGCUGUGCGGUUACAUCUAUGCAUCUGUGUGUUCUCAGACGUGUCUUGUUCGUUUUCCUCACCUGGAAAUGAGGAUCUGUACAUGUUUGUUUAUGUGGGGAAAUGUGUUAUUUAUUCUUUCUGGUUAAUGAUGAUGAUUCCUGUUGAACAACACAGAACUUUAAUAAAUUUGU